AUCGGCGCGCAAUCGUGAGUCGAUACGGAAGUCCGUCAAGCGAACAUUUAUUCUAGUCCGUCAAGCGAACAUUUAUUCUAGUCCGUCCAAACCUAAUUCAAUUUGUUUAAAUACCUCAAGUCUAUGACUAAGACCUGGACCCAAUUUGUAUGCUGUCGCUAUGUCAGAUGUUUUCUUGUACAUUUAUGAUCUUUCAGGUGGCCUAGCUAGUGUUUUUAGUCCUGGUCUAUUGGGCAAGAAAAUUGAUGGAAUAUGGCAUACUGCUUCCGUUUUAUAUGAUAAGGAAUUUUUCUUUGGACAAUCAGGAAUUCAGUAUUGUGAGCCAUGCUCAACCUCUUUAGGAAAUCCAUUAAAAAAGCAAUUCAUGGGGAAGACACCAUUGUCAGAAUCUGAAAUUUUCAAUUAUUUAGAGCGACUAUCCAAUACAUUGUUUAAACCAGGCGAUUAUUCGCUUUUUGAACAUAAUUGUAACACUUUCAGUGAACACUUUAUAUUUCACUUGACUGGACAGCAUAUCCCAUCGUAUAUAUUGAACUUACCUAAUGAAGUUUUGUCUACAUCAUUUGGAGCUUCAUUAGGUUCAGCUUUGAAUGUUCUGUCGGUUGGAAUCAAUUCCAAAACACGUUUGAAUAGUAUUAAAGAAACUCCAUCUAAUAACGAUAAACAUACAUACGCUGAUAUUAUUAAAUCUUUUCGACCAAUAUUUUUUGAUGAACCUUUAUCAUCAGAACUUCUUCCUCAUCGUAUAUAUUUGUUAUGGCCAGCCGGGGGAAAUUCAAGUUUACCAACUUUGGCUUCAGAGUUAUCAAGAGUACUACUUCAUGAGAACACGGAAGUAAAAUGUGCUGAAGAAUGUUCAUCUCUACUUGCAUUAGAUGAAUUGAUUACGGGUGAUCAGUGUCGAGCAGCAUGUGAAUUAUUUCGUUUAGCUAUAUGGAAAGAUCCUAAUAUAUUGAUGAAUUUGUUCACUGAUCCAAGACGUUUAUUACACAAAUUAAGUACAGUUAAAAUACCUUAUGUAAAACCAUGUGAAUUUUAUGAUAUUGAAGCAUCUCGUGCAAAAUUACUGUGCAACUGUUUAGGUUUAUCAUUGAACUGGACAAUUAUGUGUGAUGAUGAUAUGAAGCUAGACAUCAAUAGUAUUAUGCAAAUUAGUUUAACUCUGUUAAAUCAUGAUGUUGAAAAUCAUUUAUCCAAAGAGAUUAUGGAGUCCGCUUCCACACCAUCAACAGUACUAACACCUAGUUAUUUACCAAAUUUAUUGCCAGAACAUAAACUGGUCGGUUUAGCACUAGCUCAUAAUAUUUCCUUACAUCCAACGCUCAGUGAAAAUGAAGCGUUAGAACUGGGAAGUUAUUUGUUACAUCUAGCUGUAACAAGUGAAAAGUCAUUUAAAUAUCCAAUCGAUAUUUCUUUUAAAUUAAAUAUAGAUUCUAACUUGAAGUGGAACCUAUGACUUAAUGGUGAAGGUGUUCAGCUUUCAAUCACUAAGUAAGUCCUCACUCCACCUAGCUCGGUCCCGAGCAACCCGGUGCAGUAGCAACUAGCUGUCAUCACACCCAGAGUGUGGUUCAUAUUCAAGUACCUAAUGAGCAAGUUAAAUAUUGAAUCUUAUUUUAACUUGAUAUAAUAUACUGUAAAAUUAAUAAAAUAUUUUUGACAGUAAGAAAAUUUAUACUGUUCUUGUUCUGGCAUGGUAAUACUAUCUUAAUCGAUAUGAAGCCUCGGACGGAUAUACUCAACAGGUUAUUCUAGAAAAGGCGAACAAUACUUCUAAGAAACCUGUGAUUUGAUACUUACACCCUACAUAUUUCUUUUAUAGGCUGUUUUGUUUCACAACUAUAGUGUAAUUCAGGGUGAACUGUUGUGCAAUAUAGUCAUCCCAGACAGACACCUCGUAGUCACCACAAGUCGGUAAAAGCUAAGGGUGUUUUACAAAUCUAUGUCGAGAUUUAGUCGGUCACCAACUCUCCAGAGUUUAUGAGAUUUCAAAAAUGAGUGAAUCUACCAACACAAUCAAAUACUACAUUCCCUAAAAUCAAUUUAAAGGUUGCUGAAGACCAGUCCUGAAACAGUAUUUUGCAUUCAGAAGGGGAGAAGGACAUCAUAAACAUGCUUGCAUCGUUGCUUAAGGCUAUCAGAAGACUCAAUUUUGUCAGCGUCUUCAUCAAACAAAGCUAUAUCAUCUUCAUAUUUUAAGUCAAUAAUCUGAUUUGGUAGGAGAUCAAUCCCCAAAAAAUCAGAGGAAGAAAUCGAUAUUUCUAGAGAUUUUUCCAUAUAAAUGGAUAAGUAAGGGGUGUUGAUGAACAACACUUGGUGCCAUCAAUUCUGAUAACAGCUCACUAUAGGUAUUUUCAGACAUCUCGUGCUGUAUGGUCACAUUAUCAAGUAUCGUCUAUUCGACGCCUUAUAUCCUAAUAUACUUUGAAACUUGAUUAAUACUCUUAGAACCAGUCACUUUUAUCCCUAUUGUAAUCAAUCACUUAUUAUAAUUAAUAAAAACCCGAUUUUUCCCAAUUUAAAUUUACUUCUGUUUUAUUUAUUUAAACGAAAUAUUUUAGCAAUUUAUUUACUGCGUACAAUCUACUUCUUAGCUGUACGAUUUUCAAGUCUUGCUGACUUAGCCAAAUGUUAUGAUAUUGAAACAUUUCUUCAUGAACUCAUUAAUGAAAGACACUAUUCAAAUCAUAAUGUAAUCCCGUCGUCAUCAUCAUUAAACUCGUCAACUGUUCCGAACGAACACAAACACCAGGGUGACUACAACAAUAGUUUAUCUCAGACCACAAGAACAAGCAAUCUUUUUCAACCUUCAAAGAAUAUAGAAAGUGGUAUUGAAUCAGAUUCAUUGACAACUUUCGACUAUUUGAUCGCUUCAAAACUGCUGAAUUUCUUAUCAAGUAAUUGUGAAUCAGAUGAAAUAUAACAAAGCGCCAUUAAUUUGUGAAUAAUUUCAAAGUGAAUAUACUAUUCUUGUUAAUUUUAGGAAGUGAUUUUUUCUUUUUACCGUUUUCAACAUCAUCAGCGCUUUCAUCAUCAUUACUGUCAUUGUUAUUAGUUGAAAGUGAUUUACAUUUAUUUUUUCAUCGAUUAAUUUUCAAUAUUCAUUCUAAUAUAUUUUAUUCAUCUUACUUUCUGUUUUCUUCUCAACGUCAAUUAAUUAAGUUCUCGUCCAAUAUUCAUAUUGCUCGUUUUCUUUAAUGACAUUGAGAAUAUUAUAUUUUACUAUUGAAAAUAGACAGCUUUUUUCUUACAUUUCUUCUUAUUUAACAUUUCAUUUAAUUGUUUCAUUUUGUGUGUGUAUGUGUGGUUUUAUCAUUAGUUGUAUUAAUGAUAUAGAUGCCGAAUCGUUGUCGACAUAAUACAGUUGACUUGGUCUUGUUCACGAAAUAUUUGGUUUAUAUGAGUAUAAGUGGAGACACUGUACAGCUGUUUUGUCGUAGUAUAUUAAUCCUCAGCAGUAUACAUCCAUGACCCCACUGCCGGUAAUAGAAGCUAG